UAGAUUAUCAAAUUAAAAUGAUGUAGAAUUUUAAAUAUUCUUAGGCAACAUUAGCAUACUCUCGUCCAAGCAAUCUUUCUUAUCAAAUGAUUCAUGCUUUCUGUAUACAUAGUCCCAGUACCGAGCAAACGAUGAUGAAAGGGUUUUUAUUAAGGAAACAUUAUGAAGAAAUUAUACUGUAUCUUGAAUUCUAGUUUUAGUUUCCUGUUAAAGGUCUAAGCCAAUCGCCAGCUAAUGUAUAUUUUAGUUUGCUCGUUAGCUCCGUAUCGGACGGUAGCAGUUCGACUUUAUGGGGAUAUAUCAAAUAGCUAUUCAGCAAAAGCAUAGAUAAGGCUUUGGGAGCGGCAUAAGUGCACCGAAAGAAAAGAAAACAACAAAUAUUUAAAUUUGAAGUUCAAGUUUCUCUGCUGAUUUCCUAUCAGCACUUGGCUUUGCGCGGAUGUUCUGGUUCGACAUGCUUGCGAAAUACUUCAUUUGCUAUCUGUUCUAAUGUUUGAAGUUUAACAAAUUUUGUGUUCCGAGUUUGGUUUUGUUACACUGAAGCCGGCACCCCAUUUCGACCCAUUUUGGCCCAUUUUGACUAUGGGGCCAUGCCUAUCUAUCGCACUUCGAUAAGCGGCGACUAUCAGCGGCCAGAUUAAGUGCUAGUUAUCAGCGCCUUUGGUAGUCCAAUCGAGUAUCCCCGUAGUCGUCAUGGGCAGUCGAGCGGCAGCGGACCUGGUUCCGGGCCCGAAUCCCAAUACUUCUUUUAUUCCAUAUCCAUUUCGGAUCAAUCGGACUCUGGAGGAGGUGAUCGCGGAGCAUGUUCCGGUGUACGAGUGGUCCUGGACGGAGACGGUGUUCCAGAGCUGGGAGACCAUGCUGCUGAUCAUGGCCACCUUUUGGUGCAUUUUUAUGGCGCGACUGGUGACCCACAAAUUGGGACUGUAUAGCUCACCCAAUCGCUGCUAUGGCGUGGAGUUUGCUCUGAUCAUCCUACCCUGCAUUCUCUUGGUAACGGUGGCCGUGGACUAUAGUUACUAUGUGGGAGUACUGAUGUUGCUGGUGACACUCUGGUUCCUGUUAAACAGCAACUUCAUGGAGCGAGCUCGUAGCCGCCAGAAGUUCGAUCUGGGCAAUCGUCCCAUUGCCCUGUCUGUGCUCCGUUCCGUCACGCACCUGCUCACCGCCAUUUGCAUUUUGGCCGUUGACUUUGAGAGCUUCUACAGGCCCUACCGGAAGAGCCGGCAGUUCGGAGCCAAGCUAAUGGACGUUGGGAUCGGACUCUUUGUCUUCACUAUGGGGAGUGUCUCGCGGAGAACAAGACAUUUCUCUGAUUUGCAGAGAAGCGUGGUAUAUUCCGCCCUGCCCUUGAUCCUGCUGGGACUGGCACGUACGGUGGCCAUCCUGGUGGUGGGAUAUGGUCAGGAUGAGCACGAAUAUGGCCAGCACUUGAAUGCCUUUUUCACGCUGGGCUUCACCAAGCUGUUGGGUGCGUUGGUCAGCAUUUUGGCUCGAAGGGAUCUGCAUCUGCUGCCGCUGGGAUUUGGUCUCUUGCUGCUUCACCAGUUCGGUCUCAGUGUCUUGGGCAUCUCCGACUAUGUGAUGGACGACGAAGUGUCCCGCUCGAAUUUAUUCAACGCGAAUCGUGAGGGUCUCGUCUCAUUGCCAGGUUUCGUGGCACUAUACCUUCUAUCCAUUUAUGUGAAUCGUUGGAUGGUGGCCAUCAGCCAAUUAAGUUACUCAGAGAUGGUAAAGAAGCUCAGGAGACUAUUUUUCAUCGCCCUGAUCCUUUGGAAUUUGUUUGGACUGAGUGCCUACGGCAUAGGGAUCUCGAGGGUGACCUGUAACUUCGGCUAUGUAAUGUGGAUGAUGGCCAUUGGUGCCAGUACCUUGUUGACCAGUUUUGGAGCCAUUGAUUUUGUGAUCAACAGCGUGAUGCCUUGGGUUCCCAAUGAGUCAGAGGUGGAUGAGCAGGAAAGGGGUCUGCUGACCGAUGAAACGGAAGCUAAAGGAAGGAUUAAGCCCAUCGUACCCUUCACCAUCAGUCAGGCCCUGAACCAAAAUGGAUUGACUUUCUUUUUGGUAGCCAAUCUCUUGACCGGUGGAGUAAACAUAUUCCUGAAGCCAGAGGAUCGCUCCGGCCUGGAAUCGGUGGUCAUCCUGCUCGUCUAUAUGUUUCUAGCCACCAAAUUGGUCCACGAGUUGCUGAAAAGGGGGAUUCGAUUAGCCUGAGGGUAUCGCUGUUCCUGAGUCCUGUGAUUUUUACUGAAUUUAUUUUCGAAUUUAUUUCGAAAAAGU